AUGGCACGGUUAUUGACGUCGUUGGAGAACGAAACUGAACUCAAAGCUAUAGAGAGAAACAACAAUAUAUGCGAGAAAAAGCUGGCGAAUUUUCAGCGACAACGCGAGGAAGUUAGCCGAUCUGUUCGACAUCUCGAAGAAUGUAACACACAUGUCAAGCGAAUGGCUGUAAUCACCAAAGAGAAGCUGACGAAGUUGAAAUCGGACGUUGAAAAACACAAAAACGAAACACGGGAAACUGUGCAGCGCUCAAAUGCAUUUCUGAACUCAAGUUUCGAGCAAGUCGAUUUUAUUCGAACCAAUCAGCACGUUUCGCUUCAUUGUGGCCCCGCACUGUCAAUCACACUUCCUUAUGAUAGUUGCAUCGAAUCAUGCGUUCAAGCUGAAAACAAUCUUCGUAGGAGUCUUGGCGAAGUUUCUAUGUCUGCUGAGAAGUUGAAAAGCGAGAAAGAAGCUCUUGUAAAAGAUCAGCAUUCGGUUUCAAAGGCGAAAAGCAAAGCGGAAAAAGAUAUCGUGAAUUUGAAAGAAGAAAUUGAACGACAGACUGGUAUUGUCAAAACGCUUCAAGCUUCCUCGGUUGAAGUAAAGAGCGUACUUCGUGAGGCAAAGGAAGAGGUUGAUAAGGCGAUUGAUAAAAAGGCAAAGAUGGAGGAAGAGAUGAAAAAAGCGCAACAGACUCUUGACAACUUGCUUCCAACUAUUCCCACCGCGGAAUCUGCAAAACAAAAUAUUUUAGCUGAAUUGGACGAGUUGUUUGUGGACCUCAAGUCUGAUUCACCUAUCGAUCUAUCAUCAUAUACCAAUCUAUCUGACUGUGAAGAAAUUCUGAAACUUUUCGAAGAGUGGAAAACUCGUCAAACGGAAAACUCUAAUUUCUCACAACCCGCCGACGUUUUCGACACAGAUACUCCCACUUCUCUUGAAGCUGAUCUGGAAAAUGUCAAAAAGCAAACGAAACAUACGCUGAAAAACGUUGAACAAAUGAAAGAACUCAGAGAGAAGCAUGUUUGUACCAGUGAGAUGUUGAUAAGAAAGAAGUCAGGUGUGGAAGCUGUGAGAAAGCAGAUAGACGAUCAUACGGCUGUCUUGAAUAGCUUGAAAGUGACAGAGAAGGCAGUGAAAUCAUCGGGUUCGGAGAGUAUCAGCUCGAAGAAGGAGGUGAAAGAGGAGCUUCUGCGUCAGCUAGAAGCGACUCGAAAUGAAGUUCCAGGACCAGAGCCCUAUCAACCUUAUCAAACCCCCGUUCGAAUUGCAUCGACUAAAACAAAUGCGAAAUUGAACGCGAAAACCAUCACAAGAGUAUCCGCGGGAUCAGGAUCUACUCGAAACAUGAGCGUCAAUGGACCUCAAUACCCAGGAAUCAAGCUAGUUGCUCAAAAAAAUAAUGUUGAUACUCCGAUCCCGCGAAAAGUCAGCACAGCAGUGUUGGAUGAGUCGGCGAAUUCGGUCAAUUCGGAAGACUCAUCUCUAAUUUCCGAGGAUAGUGGAACUACCCAAGACGAGUCAGCAUUGAAUCAACUCUUUAGUCCUUUAGCCAACGAAAAACGCGUCUCACCGCCAACCCCGCCUGUUGUUGAGUUCUCAAUGGCUGCUCAUAUGAACGAAUUCAGUCAGAGACAGGCGAAACUCAAGGCGUCUCAGAAGAUAAAGGAACACGUCGAUGUAGAGAGAAGGCGCAGUAAAGGAAAAAAUGUUGAUUUCGAUGCCGAAGAUGAGAAUGACAAAAGAAUCUUCGCAGAUGAAUCUGCUUUAGACAUAUCUGGAGUCGAUUCAGAAGGCGAUGAAGAAAAUGAGGAAGAUGAUGGGGAUGAAUUUGAUGAAUUGUUUGCACCUGACGAUCAGGAUAGCAUGGAUCAAUCUACGUGGGGAGAUGAUGAUUGA